GGCUACUAUAUCGCCUUCUUCUCCCCCUUCUUCCCCAUUCAUCACCAUUACAGGUUCUCUCGAGGUUGCUCUUCGUUUAUCUUUGUGCAAUUACUUACUCGAUUCAUUGGAUUAUGCAUUUAAUCAUGUUAUUUAUUGUCCUUAGGCAAUUUGACGACUCAUAGAUUAAUCAAUUGUGCUGUCAGAAGCAAUUGUGGUAAGUGUGUUUCACGAUUUAGGAGCGGUGUGAUUGUAACAAUGUCGAUGGAAAAGAAGAAUGAGGAGGAGGUAUGGAUAUGGACGGAGAACAAGCAGGUUAUGACAGCAGCUAUUGAAAAGGGUUGGACCACGUUCAUCUUCUCUUCUAUUCAUCGCCAGCUCGCUACUGAUUGGUCUUCAAUAGCAUUGAUAAAUCCCAUCUUCAUUGAAGACAAGAGUCUUUUUGACAACAAGGCUAAAUUGGUUGCCACAAUUUCUGAAAUAUCUUCUCCCCAAGAAUUGGAGCAACUCCAGUCAGCUUAUGAGCAUGCAGAUAACAUUAUUGUUGAUCUAUUGGAUUGGCAGGUGAUUCCUGCAGAGAACAUUGUUGCAGCAUUUCAUGGCACUCACAAAACAGUCUUUGCCAUCUCAAAAGGUCUCUCAGAAUCUCAAAUUUUCUUAGAGACUGUUGAUGGCGUAAGUAAGAUAAAAGACGGAUAUAACCCUGCUACCUGGAUGUUGGAAGUUAGUACUUCAGCUCAAGAACUUACACUCGGAGGUGAUAUCUCGUAUGAGCAGUUUCUUAGAGAUAGGUAAAAUUACCUAAUUGUCCAUUUUCAAAUUUUCAUCAUUCACAAACUGUUGAUUUAUAAAAAUUUCACUUAUUUUGUCA